UGUGUGUGAGUGUGAGUGUGUGUGUGAGUGUUUGUGUGUGUUUGUGUGUGUGUGUGUGUGUGGUGACUCUGCUUCUAUAUUUAACCUGCAGGCCGACUCGCGCUCAAACACACUCGGCAUAAACUUGAACGCUGACAGACGACGAGCAGGAUGGAGGAGGAAGCUCUGCCGCAACGCUCUGUGGCUGACCUCGCAGGACGAUUUAAAGGCUUGGCUCCUCCACAGGAUGCUGCUGGAGAGAAAACAGAGAAGCCGGUGAGACGACGGCCUCCUCGCUCCUUACAGAUCCCAAAACCUCACGAAGACAACCAAGAGCCUGAAGGUGUCACCUCUACUCUACCUGUUAAAGUCAAGAGGAACUCUGCUCUGAUUGAGAAGCUGCAGGCCAACCUGGCGCUCUCUCCCACGGCGCUGCUCCCAUCUCCAAAGAGCCCCGGCUUCAGACUGCUGCCCCCCUCCUUCCCCCCUCAGUCACCUGUCUCUGCCCCUGUUACCACGGUAACCACCACCUCAUCCACGCCAACCCCCCUAAGCCCUGUCGCCACCUCACCAUUAACCGAAGAGGAAGGUCCCGCCUCUUUUGAAGCCCCUCCCAUCUCAGAGGAGGGGUCCAUCCUGUCAAACAUCAACAAGAGUCGAGCUCGCCACUCCAUCCGACGACGCCCUCCAUCUCGACGCCACAGGAAGACCAGCAGCGGAGACGAGGUGGGUCUGAGCUCGCCGAGUGAACAAGGAGACAAAAAGACAGACAGAGCAGAAGAAGAAGGAGUAGGAGAAGGAGUAGGAGAAGGAGGGCAGGAUGAAGAUAAAACAGGGGAGGUGAAGGAGGAAAAAACAGACGCUUCAAUGAAAAAUGAAACCCAUGAAGAAGAGAAGUCGGAGAUCGAUGUAGAGUCCAGAGAAGAAGACACAAAGGAUGGAGAGAUCCCAUCCACAGGAGGAGGAGAGGAGGCAUCUUCAUCAAGGACAAGAGAGGAGGAGGAGGAGGAGGAGGCGGAGAAAAACUCAGGAGGAAAACAUGAAGAAGAAUCCACUAAAGGAGCAACAAACACGGAGAGCAGAGAAGAAGAAAAGAACGUGGCGAGUCCUGACUUUCUGCUUCCCUGAGUCCUCUUCUUUGUCAAACAAACCUCUGCCUCAGAUUUCACUUUGUUGGUGCACGUUUAAUCGUUGUGUUUUCUCUCUCACAGGAGACAACGUGUCAGACAUCAUCCUUAUGAGACCCAGCACUGCAGGCAAGCAGAGCCCCUGCGAUGCUGCGAGGGAGACCCUGCAGCUGUCUGAGAGUCUGGACUCUGUGCAGACGGACAUUUAAAUCAAAUGUAGCUGCUGCGUUUGUUCGCUGCGGAGUGUCUUUAUAUCUAAUGUAAUGAAGAUGACACCGACAGACUGAAACAAAUAGUCCUGUAAAGUGUAAUGAUGAUGAUGAUGAUGAUGAUGGUGGUGUGUUUUUAUAUGUUCACUCUAUGGUGGCCCUGAAGGUCAAUUACAUUUAAUGAAAUCCGAAAACUACUGUUGUAGUACUUGAAAUCGGUCUUGGUCUCGAGACCAUCGAGACAUCAUUUUCCAAUUAAAGUCGAUUCUAAAAUUCACAUUUUUUCAUCUCUGUCUAUUUUCUGUUUUUUUUUGUUGAAAUUUGCUCAAACUAGGAUCAAUAUUGGAGAUGCUUUUGAAAAAUGGAGAGAGGUUAGAACGCAGAAAGGUUUACAGACCGAUGCAGAGCUGGAUAAACACUGAAGCUUCAGUGUUCACCACAUGGUGACCUGUGUGAGCACCACUCUAGAGAGGAGGGGGGGGGGGAGACAGCUCUCUACAAUGUUUAGAAUUAGGACUGCAGUACCCAAUUAAACCACUGUAGGUGUCAGAGUUACAUAUUGCUCCUUUAAAGUGGAAAACACAGAGAGCAAGAGAUUGACACGUCCCAGCUGUAAUCAGCUGACAGCUUCUCUCAUCAAGGCGCUCCAUUUAAACACUAUAAACAUACUAACUCAAGUCAAGGUCAAUCAAUCAAUCCACUAUUUAAUCAACUAUUGUCUCUAUGAUUUCUGCUUCACCAACGCUGCUCACACUCUGCUGCUGCUGGGAAAGCUUUGCCUCCAACCCCCCCAGCAACCAGCCGCCUCCUUUCUGCCUGAAGCCUUUGGUUCCACCUUGUGGGUAAAGUUCAGCACUGCACGUCCUGGAAACCUUUGUCGUGCUGCUCAGCCAACCCAGGGAGCAUCCUUUGACCAGAGCCUUCAACGCUCCGCAUAACUGUACCUCCAUGUUUGCAAUAAAAUGGUUGAAUAAAGACGA